AUUUCCUUCUUCUUCUGCUUUCUUGGGAAUGGCGAUGGUGUUGGAUAUGAUCACAUGAUUAAACAAGCAUGUAAUAAAAAUGUUUCUAGAUUUUAGCGUAGUAGUAUUUCACAAUUAAACUAUCAAACUAAUUAAUAGAAAUAUGGAGAAUAAUUACGUGCAUGCAGUGUAUAACUAUAUAUUAACAUCAAAAUAUCAAUUUCAUCAUUAGUACCAAAAAAAAAAAAAAAUCAAUUUCAUCAACUCCGGAUUUCGCCUCCAGCGGCUCGGAAGUCAGAACCCGAGACAAAAAAGUUCCCGCUCUCAGUCCGUCCCCCUUCUAGUAGCAAGGCGUGAGGUAGGCAGGUAGCUAGCAACGGUUUCGAUAAUUUUCCGAAAUGUCAGUUAUACUGAAAUCCGGCUAAUUCGUCUCGACAAGGCCUUUCAUUUCAUAACUAGGAUUUUUAUUCCGCAAACAAAUCUACAAAUGACCGAUUCGAGGGAGAGCUCUCCGGAUUGGCUGCGUUCAUUUAAGGUGCCAACUGAUUCACCGUUGACGAUAUCCUCGAAUUCUGGGUCUCUUCAAGAUGAUAGCCCUUCAGUUGAGGAUAAAGCUGUCCGUGGAGAGUCAUUUUUAAAGUCGUCUACAUUUUCUGAGAUCGCCAAGAAGGAGACAACUGGCCCAGGCAAAAGUUGUGCCGAGUCUUUGCCCAGGCGGACAGUAGAAGCAGUCUCUCGGACACCAUCAAGAAGAAAAAAAGGGGACAACGAAAAGAUAGAAGGAGAUGGGAAGAAAAGGAAGGCUAUGAAUGAACCAAACAAUGGCAAGUAUAUAAAGCAUAAUGAAUCUAUUCAUUCAGUCUGGACACUAUCAUCUGAUUCCGAGUCAUGUGAUCAUAGUCAAAAAUGGGAAGAUCGCAUCAAUGAGCAGGAAACUUAUGCAUGCCAAAAAUUGGAAUUCCUAGGUGAAGAGAAAUGUGGGGAUGAAGUUCUCAUUGGCAAAGAUGGAAAGUCUCCAUCAAAGAAGGAAUCAGAAGAAAAGCUUCCACAGAAGCAAAUACACCAAGAUGACCAUACACCACAUAAUACGAGGAGCACAAAAGGCGGAGCAAAAGGGAAAGGGAGUGGUGAAGAUGCGGAAGUUAAAGAGGAAAGAACUUCUGAAAAGCAUGUUGAACCACAUGUCUAUUCAGGGUUGCCUUUGAUUCUUUCUGAGAAAGUUCAUCGUACAAAGGCACUUAUUGAAUGUGAAGGUGACUCUAUAGAUCUAAGUGGUGAUAUAGGCGCUGUGGGCAGAAUAAUGAUUUCAGAUUCUCCUUCUGGGGAUCAGGAAAUGUACUUUGAUUUGAAAGGAACAAUAUACAAAACAGCAAUAAUUCCUUCCAGGACGUUUUGUGUUGUUAGCUUCGGGCAGUCAGAGGCAAAGAUAGAGGCGAUCAUGAAUGACUUCAUACAGCUGAAACCACAAUCUAAUGUGUAUGAAGCAGAAACUAUGGUUGAAGGGACGCUGGAUGGUUUCUCCUUUGAUUCGGAUGAGGAAACUGACAAGUUGCCGAAAGGAAGCCAAACUGAUCAAAAUGAGCAUGAUGAGGAGCAAACCAACAAAAAAGCAAACGGGAAGACUGACAAAACAACAGGUGCUGCAAAGAAAAGAGGUAGGGGUGCAGGUGGAAAACCACCAGCACCAAAGAAAACGAGAAAAAAAGCUCAAGGUUCCAAGAAACCAAAGGCCAAAAAAUGAGUUUUUCAUAAUUUCUUGUAUACGCCAGGAAUGGUUAUUCUCAGCCUUAGAGUUGGGUUGACGACGCUGGACUCAAGUGUUGACGACUGGUGGAGGUGAAAAUAUAGAUGUGCCAUUGGAUUUCUAAAGAGGCCGUUCUUAAUAUAUUUGUGUUUGAGUCUGUAUUCCAGAAUUCGAUUUUUGUUUUGGUUUUCAUUUUUCAAUGAAUAUUGUUAUCUUUGAUUCAAAUUAUUCGGCUAUUAUUCAUUAAAUUUAUCCAGAA